UCUGCCCAGAGAGCUGUGACCACGGUUGUUGUCACUACCGCCUGCCCAGAGAGUUGUGAGCACCGCGCCACUGUUGCCUGCCCAGAGAGUCUGAUCUGCUGCCUGCUGCCCUGGGUUGCGAUGCCGGAGUUCCUAGCUGUGGUUUCUUGGCGGUUCCUGAUCCUCCUAGCCUUUCAGGUUGGCGUGACCACUGGCGCCUCCCAGCCAUGGCGCUGCGCUCCCUGCACUGCCGAGAGACUGGGACUCUGCCCACCCGUGCCCGCUUCGUGCCCUGAGAUUUCCCGGCCUGCUGGCUGUGGCUGCUGCCCGACAUGUGCCUUGCCACUGGGCGCCGCCUGCGGGGUGGCCACUGCCCGCUGUGCCCAGGGACUCAGUUGCCGUGCCCUGCCAGGAGAGCCUCGUCCCCUGCAUGCCCUCACCCGCGGCCAGGGAGCCUGUGUACCAGAGCCUGCUGCCCCUGCCACAAGAACCUUGUCUAGCUCCGAGCGUGAAGAGGCAAAAGCUGCUGCAGCACCCGAGGAUGAGCUCCCCGAGAGCCCCGAGAUGACAGAGGAGCAGCUGCUGGAAAGCUUCCAUUUGAUGGCCCCCUCCAGUGAGGACAGGCCCAUCCUGUGGAAUGCCAUCAGCACCUACAACAGCAUCCGGGCCCGACAGAUCACUGACCUCAAGAAAUGGAAGGAGCCCUGCCAGCGAGAACUCUAUAAAGUGCUAGAGAGGUUAGCUGCAGCCCAACAGAAAGCAGGAGAUGAAAUCUACAAAUUUUAUCUGCCAAACUGCAACAAGAAUGGAUUUUACCACAGCAAACAGUGCGAGACAUCCCUGGAUGGAGAAGCGGGCCUCUGCUGGUGCGUCUACCCAUGGAGUGGGAAGAAGAUUCCUGGGUCUUUGGAGAUCAGAGGGGACCCCAACUGCCACCAGUAUUUCAAUGUACACAACUGAAGACUUCCACACUUGCUCUCUCACACAGAAUAUUUAAGUAUAUAGUAUAUUUAUACUCUGGAGCACACCCUUUUAUAUAUAUAUGUGUGUGUGUGUAUAUGUAUAUAUCCAGGAACUACUUUUUAUACUGCUUGAUAUAUGAAGUUGGUUCUUAUUUAUUCACUGUAAGUUUAUGUUUUUCUACACAGUUACUUGUGCUAUAUUAACUUAUAUAUCAUGAAGCACUUCUCAUCACCAUAUACGUAAAGACUAGGUCUCGGCUGUCCCAGACUCCAUUCUUCUGUUCUGAAAGGGCAGCGUGAUAUCGCCAGAGCGUGCCCACGCCAGCCUGCAGUUUAAGGAGGGACGUUAGCCCAUGAUCUUCUCUUUGCAGCCACAGAUUUGUGUCUGAUACCCGUUUGCCGGGGAAAGUUAAGAUGUUGAUUAUGUAAACAAAGCUAAAUGUGGAAACCUGCAU